UAUUCAGAGGAAAUCUAGAGAGAGGAAAUGGAAGAGGAAGUGAUGAAAAUCGGUGAAGAAGUGACUGGGUCGAGCUUGACAAUGGAAAAAGUCGCCGCUGCAAAACAGUACAUCGAAAAUCACUACAAGAAUCAGAUGAAAAGCAUCCAAGAGCGCAAGGAGAGUUUUCAUUCCAGGAGAUGGAUAUUAGAACGAAAAUUAGCAUCUUCGGAUGUUCCCAAAGAGGAACAGAUCAAUCUACUCAAGGAUCUGGAGCGAAAAGAGACAGAGUUUAUGCGACUAAGGAGGAACAAGAUAUGUGUAGAUGAUUUUGAGCUUUUAACCAUUAUUGGGAGAGGAGCCUUUGGUGAGGUCCGAUUAUGUCGAGAAAAAAAAUCAGGGAAUAUCUAUGCCAUGAAGAAAUUGAAGAAAUCUGAAAUGCUUUCAAGAGGACAGGUUGAACAUGUUAGAGCAGAGAGGAACUUACUUGCAGAAGUGGCUAGCCACUGCAUUGUAAAAUUGUACUACUCUUUUCAAGAUACUGAGUAUCUGUAUCUUAUUAUGGAAUAUCUCCCUGGUGGUGACGUGAUGACCUUGCUGAUGAGAGAAGACACACUAUCUGAACAUGUUGCUAAAUUUUACAUUGCUCAAAGUAUCCUGGCAAUUGAGUCCAUUCAUAAACAUAAUUAUAUUCACAGGGAUAUCAAACCUGACAACCUUCUUCUCGACAUAAAUGGUCACAUGAAGCUUUCAGAUUUUGGCCUUUGCAAGCCUCUUGAUUGUAGAACUUUAUCUACAGUAAAUGAAAACGAGGCCUUGAGUGAUGAGAAUACAAGGGAACCGAUGGAGAUUGAUGGACGCUUUCCAGAUGCUGCCAAUAGUACUCACUGGAGAAGCCCUCAAGAACAGCUUCAACAUUGGCAGAUGAAUAGGAGGAAGUUGGCCUUUUCAACUGUCGGUACGCCAGACUAUAUUGCUCCUGAAGUGCUAUUGAAGAAAGGAUAUGGCAUGGAGUGUGACUGGUGGUCGCUGGGUGCGAUUAUGUAUGAAAUGCUUAUUGGCUACCCCCCAUUUUAUUCUGAUGAUCCAAUGACCACUUGCAGGAAGAUUGUUCAUUGGAGAAAUCACUUGAAGUUUCCUGAAGAUGCUAAUUUGAGUCCCGAAGCGAAAGAUCUUAUCUGUAGGCUAUUAUGUGAUGUUGAACAUAGGCUUGGUACUGGAGGAGCAGGCCAAAUCAAGGCUCAUCCUUGGUUCAAGGAUAUAGUAUGGGAUAAGCUAUAUGAAAUGGAAGCAGCAUUUAGACCAGAGGUUAAUGGGGAGUUGGACACCCAAAAUUUUAUGAAGUUUGAUGAAAUGAAUCCUCCAACUGCAGCAAGAUCUGGCUCAGGACCGUCACGAAAGAUACACCUAAAUCCGAAGGAUUUAAGUUUUGUGGGCUAUACAUACAAGAACUUCGAUGCUAUCAAGGCACUGCUUAACUCUUCGGAUAGUAGAAGUGCAUCACCAAGUCGGCCAUCAAUUGAUUCCAUAUUUGGCGAUUCCAAGGGGGGCCAAACGAGGAAAGGAACAGCAGAGGAAACAGAUGUACAGAUGAUUGCAGCAACAGAGGAUGCAAUGUUGCCAUAAUAAUAUAGUAAUGCAUUAGUAAACAGGAAACCUUGUUGUGGGACGUGUUUAAUGCCUGUAUAUUUGUGUAGGUUGCUCGCCCCUAUUCAGUGUUUCCUUUAGAUGGCUGCCUCAUAUAAUGCAAAACCAUCAUUCAAGUGUAUAGUAGUGCUUGAGAAACAUUCGAAGGUUCCAAAGUGGGUUAAUUUGUAGGGUGGUCUUAAGGUUAUAAUAGUAGUAAAGUGUGUAAUAGAAUAUCUAGAAUAGGUCGUGUGGUACCUUCAUGUAGUUGCUGCCCAGGUUGUUUCUCUCGUGGCAGUUUCUGGUGAAACAUUUGAAUGAUGUAUGAUUAUCCUUUUGCUAUAAGCUGCUUUUGAACCUUUUUAAGUUAUAUGCAAAUUGAAACUUACAU